CAGCGGUAAACUAGACUUGCUGAUCAUUAUUGUUGACAAGGACUUUCUCAAGAUAUCUGCACGUGAAAUAAAAUAUGCGUUACAAAGUUUAGAUAAGAGUUAUGCCGUGAUGAUCGAAAGCCUGCAACAUUUGGAUCGUGGGACAGAGAAGAUUGUGUGUAAAAAAGUUUUGUUUUUGUUGAGUGGAUGUAUGAAACACCUAAACGAGCUGGUUAACGCUUGGAUUAGUCAGAUCCAAAUCCACAAAGAAGAACAAAACAACGAAGAUCUUUACUGUUUUAGAGGAAGUGGAUGCAGAAGAGACCGUUGUAAAUGAUAAUCUCUUCGAUAGUAGGAGUGUUCCAAAACUAUGGAAAGAACAUGCUUUAAAAAUUACAACUUUUAAAAAUGUUGCGACAUGGUGGCCAGCCACAAUAGAGUUCAUCUUCGCAGAACAAAUGAGACAUGUCAGUUAUACAUAUAAGAUAAUUAAAGUCAAAGGCAAAGAGACUUUGACUGCAGAAUGCGUGGAAUGUAUUGUAAAAAUACUUCAAUACUUCAGUUUGAAACUUGCAAGCUGCGAAGAACAGCCUGCAUUACACUUGAUUGUAGUAGACAAAGACAUAACCGAUUUUGCCUAUGUGCGAAAUAAACUCCCUGAAAACUGCGAGAAUGUCGUGCUUAUUGCCAAUAAUACACCAGUGACUGAAGCAUUUCGCAGACUGUCUAAGUAUGUAUUCAGUAAGACUGAUAUUCUGCAGUGUAUAGUGCGCGUGCUUAUUACCAUGUGGACAUUAGGGUAUCAGCAGAACAUAAGAUUACUAUGUUGCUGUUUCCAACGCAACACAGAAUUGCGAUAUGCGUACAGAGUGUUGAAACGAAUGCAAGUGCAGAUGAAACUUCCUCAAGAUAAGAUGUCUUGUUUUAUAUCCUCUUGUAUCAUGUCUCCGACAGGUAAAGUUAUUGUUUCAGAAUUCAAUAACAAAAGCUUAAAACUGCUAGGACAUUAUGAAGUGUUGAAUGUGUGUAACGUUCCUGAACAGCCAUGUGAUAUGUGCAUUAUAUCGAAUAACAAAAUAGCAGUUUCGGUCGAAAAGAAAUUCAUAAUUUUCAUUGUAGAGAGUAAAGAUAAUUUAGAGAUUAAAGGAAGUAUGAAAAUAGGCCAAACUGGUAUUGGCAUAGAAUGUCGGGAUGAAAUCCUCUAUAUUAGUGACAGUCAGUCUAUAUAUAUGUAUACACUUUCGGGAGAAUUGAUACAAGAACUUUUUUCUGACAGAUCAACGUUAAAAACCAUAGAGCGUUUUAAGAUUUGUGAAGAUGGUUUGAAAAUAUACGUUACAAAUUCCACUGCAAAUGAGCUAAUCGUGCUGGAUAUUGAAGGCCUGAAACUGGAUACUUUCAAGGAAAAACAUGACCCGCGAAUUGGACACCUAUUGGGACUAUGUACAGCAGACUAUGGAAUCGUUUUUGCAUGUGACUAUUAUUCAGAAACCAUUGUACAAGUAUCGGUAAAGCGAAUGGAACUUGGUACUAUCACAGGAAUCAAACGGCCUCGGUGUUGCUGUUUUGAUAAAGACGAGACCAUGUUAUAUGUUGGUCAGGCAGAUGGUAAUCUGGUUAUCUUUGAUAUGAAACAAACCCGAUUGUUAUGAUUAUUCCAUUGGCGGGGAAAUGAUACCAUACCAAACUGAUUUAUUGCGAGAUAAAUGUCUUACUCUGCCUUCCGUUACUUUCCAUAAAAUUACAAGCAAAGCACUCUGAGACAACAAUUUCAUGUGGGUUCAUUGUUUUUCCUUUCGUACAAUAACGUCUGCAGCUAUUCGGGCAUAUGUAAGGUUUUUAAAGUUCUAUUUUUUUAACGAAUAUAAAUUGUUUUCUGGUUUCUUGAAACAAUUGUAAAUGCAACCAACCUACAGCCAGUAAACCGCUUCACGUGUUCACUAGUUCACAUAAUGUAUAUAGUUAUUCAGUCGAUUAGUCAAAAUUUUUCUUCUGUAUUGUUCAAUCAGGCCAGUCCCAAUAGGUGUUUGCAGGAGAAGGCUGGUUUUUAUCUAGACUAAUUCAAAAAUACGUAGAGAUUUUGCGUAAGGUUGUAUCUCAUUAACCACUUUGGGAAUGGGUCGAAACUUUACACUGGUUCAAAUGAUGUGGAUUGAAACAAACCUGUCCUCGGCGAUGAUCUGACAUGCACAACACUGACUCCAUUACUCCGUUUCGCAUUCUUUCAAAACUUAUACCCCUGUUUCGACUCCUUUUCAAUUUUUGCUUGAGUUUUUGUAUGUAGGCUGGUGUCCCAGUACCCACUGACGGAAAUAGAUUGAAACUUCACACCAUGUCCAAUGUGAUCAUCUGACUUGCAUUGCAAAGGUUCCGAACACUACUUCAUAUGUUUUCAAACAUAUCCCCUUUUUUCGACUUGGCAAUUUUUCAUUGAGUUUUUGCAUGUAAUCUAGUAUCUCAGUAUCCACUAGUGUGAAAGGAUUGAAACUUCAUACGCUUAGCCUCUGUGAUGAACUGACAUUCAAUGUACUUAUUGUAUAACUCUAUUUAAAGAAAUGCUUAAAAAUGUGCACCAUUUUCGACUUUAGUGUAAGUGGCCAGACUUGAAAAGUCGGGCGUUGAUGUCCUCCGACAGCUUUUAUCUUUUCAAGCCUGCAUGAGACUGUGAAGUAAUUAUGAAGCCAACUGGUACAUGUUAAAAAAAAUGAACCAUUCAUUUAAUUUAGUUUAGAAGU